AUGCUAGUUUUGGCAGAGGGAAGUAGCAAACUUGAGGAAACAACUACAUUACUUGCAAGAAAGCCACAGCUUUUGGGAGAAGAACUUUCUGGAUUGAGCCUCAAAGACCUACAAAACCUGGAAAAUCAACUGGAAAUGAGCUUGAAAGGCAUCCGCACGAGAAAGGAACAGAUCAUGACUGAUGAAAUCAAAGAGUUAAACCAGAAGAGGAGUCUCAUGCAUCAAGAGAACAUAGAACUGUAUAAGAAGGUAGACCUUGUUUGUCAAGAGAAUGCAGAAUUGAGAAGAAAGGUUUACAGCCCAGAGAAUAUUGAUGAAGCAAGCAGGGGUUCCCACAUUAGCAAUGGAAUCAACAAUGAAUAUGAGUUGCACAGCCCCAUCAAUCUCCAGUUAAGCCAACCACAAACUAAGAGGAAGAAUACGCCAACAAUUAUGAUGAAGUUGGGAUAA